AUGGCCGAUAACGAAAAUGAAGAAGUACCGCCUGGCUGUGUGCCUAAAACCUUAGCAUGUAUAUUACGUUAUUUUACAACAGUUACGAGAAUACUGGGUAUAAUAUUUUUCCUGGUUAUGUGGGGAAUAGCUGUCAAGGUCGUAACUAUGAAAUCUCAGGUUCCCUUCGGUGUCGGAUUAAUAAUAAUAACGUCAUUUGUAACAUUUCUGGAAGUUACAUGGAUCAUUAACAAAUGCUGCUGCUUUAGAGGUUGCAUUGACGAGGAAGCAGAUCCUCAGAGGCCCUAUUUCACCAAAUCAAGAAAAAAGAAGAAACAAUUUAAGUAUGGCAAACUUGAAUCACAAGAGAAAUCAAAUACCGACAGCGAAAAAGCUGAAGAAAAUUUACCGGCUUCCAAAAUAUCUGGAGAUAAGCACGGCAACGAUGAGUCUACAGCGGAAGAUACAGAAGGAAAAGAUACGGGAGAAGUAUAUGGUUCAAAUUACUAG